AAAAUUUACAAUUCAGAAAAGAAAAAAAAAUUUCUUUAUUUAAAAUUAAAAGAAGUUUAUUUACUUCUCGCUAUUAUCGAGUAGAUAAUCUUAAAAUUCCUUUUUCUCUCCUCUUGCAGUUGGUUAUUUUCGUUUUUCAAAAUACUAAAGGACUGUUAGUUCUAGGUACUCAAUAAAUUUCACUCUUCUUCAGUUUCUUCUGGUAGCCAGUUAAGGGUACCUACUUUGCUGUGUUUAUCUCGAAUUCGCCUUAGUGUAAGUCGCGUGAUUUACAAGAAGAAAACGAUGAUGACGAAGAAAAAGGGGAAAAAAAGAAGAAAUAGAGGAAGAAGUAGAAGAAAAAGAGUGAGAAAGAGAGGAAAAAGAGUGAGAAAGGGUGAGAAAGAGAAGAAAAAGAGGAAAAAAAGUGGAAGAAAAAGAAGAAAACGAAAAAGGAAAAAAAGAAAGACAAGAGCCAAAGUGUAUGUACUACGCUCUAGGAGUAAACGAAGGAAGGGAAUAUAUACAAGUAACUUCUUCUUCUUCUUCUCUUCUUUUCUCUUCUACUGUAAGGUCGCUACCCUUGGAGCAGUAGCAAGGUCAACCGCAAUAUCGUUGGAUCGCAGAACGCUCCCGUCUUUUUUAAAGAGGCUCUCUCUCUCCCGUGUCAGAGAGACUGUCAUGAGACACACAUUCUAUAUUGAAUCGCGGUGAAUAACACACAUCUAGUGAGGUGCAAGUGGGUGAUGAAGUAGAAGACGAAGAAGAAGAAGAAGAAGAAGCAAAGAGUGUGAUUGUGAGUGUGGGGGAGUCAAAAUCAUCAAGUUUAACACGUGUCUCCCUUAUUUUUUUCCAUCAUUUUUAAACAAUUUGUUUUCAUCUUCUUCCUAUCAUCAAAUUAUUCUGUGUUUCAGUUUCUUUUAAAUUUAUCUCCUUUUUCUUCAGUUAAUAUAAUUAUAUUUCUUCAAUUUCUUCAAUCUUCUUUUUCUUCAGUUAUAAAUAUUUCUUCUUCAGUUAUUAUCAAAAAAGAAAGAAUCUUUUUCGUUAGUUAUAAAUAUAUCUUCUUCUUCAGUUACAAAUAUAUCUUUUUCUUCAAUUAUUAAUAUAUCUUCUUCUACAAUUACAAUUAUAUCUUCUAUUGCCUCAGUUUUAAAUGUACCUUCGUCGAACAAUAUAAUUUUGAGCAAUAGUCAGACGAAUUUUUUUGGGGAAAAUUUCUUUUUUUUACCGAAUGCACAUAAUGGAAAACUUUUCAUGAGAACGUGAAAUCAAAAGGAUCUGAAAUUCAAAUAGAAGAAUAAUAUUCCGGUAAAAAAUGAAGAAACCACAUCGAUGUAUACUAUUGGCAUUUAUAGUCUGGGUAAACUUGAAAGAAUCUUUUAGUUUACCGGUACCUGAAGAUGAGUUGGACACUUCGACAAGAUUACUUGGUUCCAGCGUUGUAACGUCCGUAUCAAUUGUCUCUGGAAAUGAAAAAAUUGGUGGCAGCAUUUUACAAAGUAGGAAAGCUAUUCCUGGAUUUGAUCUUCCACCAUCGCCCGGAGGACUUUUGAGACCAGAUAGAUUUCAAUUUUACACCCUCAACAAAAAUGGUGAAGUUGUCACUAAACAAAUGACGGAAAAGGAAAUUCAAACACUCAUUGCUGCCGGUGGCGGGCAUUUUCCAACGGAAAUUCACGAAUCACAGACUGCUGGAAUUGUCCCAACUUCCGGCAUGAAGGUUGCAGACGUGGUUCAAAAUGUGCAAAACGUCCUCAAAGGUGAACUAAGUAAACCAACAACAGUGAUGACAUCAGUGCCAACAAUUCCCGGCCAUGCAACCGACGAAUGGAGCAGUAUUCUCCCAUCAAUCUUAGCCGGAGACAUGGAAACACAAUCGAUAGCAAUUCCAGAUUCCGAACUAACGGAACUGAAAAAUAACGCACCCGUUUACCAAACAGAAGAAAAACCCCAAAUUGCAUCCAAUCCAAAUGAAUCAAAAUUCAACAACACUCCAACGAAGGAUAUUGCAAAUACUCCCAAACCAAUUGAGAAUCAAUUCAAAAAACCCGAAUUUACUUCUGUUCCUGGUGCUGCUCAGUACGAGGCAAUCAAUACCCCAAGUACCAUGAGACCGGAAAAAUUGUCUCCAAAACCACCCAGACCGGAUUUAGAGAAUACUUUCAGCAAGAGACCAGUUCAAGGAAUGAAUCAAGGAAUACAUCAAGGAAUAAAUCAAGGAAUGAAUCAAGGAACAAAUCAAGGAACGAAUCAAGGAACAAAAUUAGAAGAAACGGUUGAGAACAAACCGCUCAAGAAUAAACCAUCCCAAACUGUUACUGUACCAACCAAAAGACCGUACAAUCCGCCUUCUUCUUCUCCAGCUCCGGAGAAAUUUAACAAGACACCAAAUCCUUUGAGAACUACCAAGAGACCCUACUAUACCUACCGACCUGAAUUCCCUCCAGUUUCUUAUUCCGAAAUUCCGAUGAUUCCCGUCCAUGUAAUCACUGCUGAUCAGAUAAUGACAUCAACGGCCCAAUACCAAAAGGAUACGGCCCCAGUUUUUCAGGUUUUGAAUACAAUUUCCGCCGAGGCUGCAACGAAUGCUACGAAAAUUGUCCAAGAUCAGAGCAAGCAUUCGUAUCCUGCCUACAAGCCGGAUAAAUUUGUGGAAAAGUUCACUAGCGAGAGGCCAAAGACAACACUACCGCAGGUCAUCAUUUCCGAAACGAGUCUCUAUACAAAACUUCCAGAUUUAGUGACAGUUGCUACCAAAGCAGAACCGAUCAAAGUUACGACCAGCAAACAACCGAGUAAAUUUGCCACUACUAUUAAACCGGAAGUAAAGACAACUGUUGCCAUGAAGCAACAGACGAAUCAAUCGUUAGGUGAUAAGUUGUCAGUUUCGAAUGAACCAACUUCGAUUAAACCAGUUUCGAAUAAACCAGUAUCGGACGAAUCAGUUUCAGAUGAAUCAGCUUCGAACGAAUCGGUUUCGAACGAAACUGACAAUCCUAUCGAGUCCCUUAAAGGAGUAACCAAACCAGAUAAACCGACAGACUCCUUUAAUUUGGAUAAAACAUCCACGACAGUGGACGUAACGACCGAGGUUAUCGACUCCGGGUCGACGAUCGGAUCCGUAACAACAAAUCCAUUAUUAGAGACGAGAGAAACACCGGAUUUUGAAUUAAAAACGACAUUUAAGUACGAAUACAAAACACCGUUGUACGAAACAAAAACAACCGAAUUUUUGGAGACAAAAGCAACCACAGAAACCUAUCUCUACGAGUCGAAGACAACCGAAACUUUCGACGAAACAUACUCGAAACCACUGACAGAUAUUCCCGAAACAACUGAUUCUGAUUUUACCAACAAAGAAACCUUUGUAUCCCUAAUUCCUCUGGAUCUAAAGGAAAAUAAGGUAAAUUCGCCCGAAACGUCAGCUAUCGAAAAAAUCAUCGAAACCCUGCACCAUCCCACGGAGAGUAAAUUCGGAGCAUCUAUCCUCGACACCAACAAUCAAGAAAUGGAAUUUUCGACUAAUUUCCGAAUUAGUGAUGAUGAUAGCUCAACAACUGUAAAUUCGUUUACGAUUGAAGAGGACGGUGGAAGUAGUACUGAGAGUGGCACUGGAAGAAUCACUGAAAGUAUAACUGGAAGUAUUACUGGAAGUAUCUCUGGAAGUAAAUUCUCUACUGUCCCUACUUUGAUGAACAAUGACGACUCCGUGGAAUUGACAACCAAACCUUACGAACCACUACCAACUGAAUUGGCCGAUUCCCUAUCGAGCAUGAUUUCACAGAUAUCCGAAGCUGUACCAUCAUUGGUAUCGCAAAAUUCCCUCCUUACUGAAGAGCCGCUUUUGGACGAUUCGAACACAAUUGCUGAUUUGAAUACCGAAUCAUCCAGAGUCACGCAGGAUUUACUUGGUUUUGAGACAACAUUCUACAAACAUGCCAAUGUCGACAUUAGUGCAGCAACAGUUCGCAUGGAAGAUAGUACCGAAAAAUUGAACAAUUUCGCUUCGACCUCGAGACCCGAUUUGGAGAAUUCUUCAGUCGUUUCGGAUUCUUUUGUGACUUUGGUCCCUUCUUUGAAUUCUGAAGGUUCCUCUGCAUCAUCUUCUGCUUCUUCUACUGUCUCUCCUUCAUCAUCAUCAUCAUCAUCAUCUUCUUCUUCUUCGAAAAUUACUUCUUCAGUAUUGUCUUCAUCAAGUUCGUCAGGUUCAUCAGGUUUAUCAACUUCAUCAGUUUCUCAAGCUUCCCCAGUAGCCUCAUCGACAAUAUCUCCAACGACUUCAUUGUCAUCCUCUUCAUCAAUUUCAACAGUUUCAGCAACAUCAUCAGUUCCAGAAAAUGCAACACCAACAGUAGUUUCAGCCUCUUCAUCAGCCUCUUCAGUUCCAGCGACAACUUCCGUGACAUCUCCUAAAGAUUCGUCGACAGAAAACGUGAAAUUAUCACUACUAUCAUCAUCAUCAAUGACGGAAAAAUUAACCAAAGACAGUAAUAAACCUUCUGAAGAAAAUGACCAAAUUCCUCAAGGAGAUGAAUCUCACAAAACAUCAUCUAUUGAUACGACCGAGAGGCCAAUAAUUCGAGUGGAUGUUACCGAAUCUGGAAGCACAAAACAUGGUGAUGAUGAAAAGAAUGGAAGUACUGAAUCAUCAGUCAUUAGGAUACAGAUGGCGGAUGCAGUUUCGAUGAUCAACAACCUUCUGGAAACGGCACCAACCCAAACGACAGCCUCCUACAUUUCUCUCACUCUACCAGAUUUCGAAAAUAGUCCAUCGAAUCUCAUUGGAAGUGGUCUUGUUGCUGGAUUCCAUUCGAAAAACGAGACCAACUUCGUUCCAGUUAAACUUCAAAGUGAACCAAUUCGAUCCACGCCAAUUCCGUUAAUUAACAAUGAAGGGGCAAAGAAUAAAAUUACUCAAACGACAAACAAAAUUCAAGAGUCACAUAAAACUGAUUCUGACACGAAAACUAAAACUAAAGAAAGUGGAACAAAAAAUACAGGGAAUAAAAUUAAAAACUCUGAAGAAAAGAAGGAAGAUAAAUUAACAGAGAUAAAACUGGAAAAUAGAGAUGAAACUAAAAAUUCAGAAGGGAAGAUCAAAAAUCCCGCGGAGAAAAUCAAACUUGAAGAGAGAAUAGAAGAGCGUGAGGACAAUGUGCAAAUUAGCGAAGAAAUAAAAAAAGAAGUGGCAACAAAAAAUACGGAGUCGAUCAAAAAUGAAGAAAAGAUCAAAACCACUGUAAAUAAAAAAGGACCUAUCAAAAAUACUGAACAAAAUAAAGAGAAAAUAACAGGCACCGAAGAAAUUAAGGAGGAAAAAAUUAAAAAUACCCAGGAAGAGAAAAAGGGAGAUAAAGUGAAGAUAACCGAAGAAAUGAAGAAGGGGGACAAAAUCAAGAAUACCGAAACGAAAAUAGAAGAUAUAGUUAAAAAUAGCGAAGAAAUGAAGAAGGGGGAUAAAGUCAAGAGUACUGAAGAAGCAAAUAAAGAAGAUAAAAUCAAGAAUAACGAAGAAGCGAAGGAGGACAAUAAAGUCAAAAGUACUGAAGAAACGAAGGUGGAAAAUAAAAUCAAAAAUACCGAAGAAACUAACAAGGAUGAAAUCAAGAAUACCGAAGAACCAAAGAAAGAAAAUAAGGUCAAAAAUACUGAAGAAGCGAAUAAGGUAAAUGUUAACAGUACCGAAGUAGCGAAAAAAGAAGAUAAAGUUAAGAAUUCCGAAGAAGCAAACAAGGAAGAUAAAGUUCAGAAUACUGAAGAAGCAAAUAAGGAAAACAAAGUUCAGAAUACCGAAGAAAUUAACAAGGAAGAAAUCAAGAAUACCGAAGAAGAUAAAAUCAAAAACACCGAAGAAGUAAAGAAAGAAGAGAAAAUCAAAAACUCCGAAGAGAUGAAGAAAGAAGAGAAAAUCAAGAAUUCCGAAGAGCUAAAGAAAGAAGAUAAGAUACAAACUGAAGAAGUAAAAUUACAAGAGAAAAUAAAGAAUGAUGAGGUGAAGAAAGACCAACAGAUUCAAAUUUCCGAUAACGAUAAGGAAAGUACAGAUAAAGACCAAAUUCCCUCGGCUAAUAAUAAAAUUUCCACUUCAUCAUUACCAGCAGAAAAAAUAAUUGAUUUGAAUCUAGAAAAAACGACAGUCAAUUCUGAAACGAAGACACCAACAGAGAAACCGCAACAAACAUCUGAAGUGAAUUUCAAAACGACGAUUUCUGAUAAAAUUGACGUUACCACUAAAAAGAGUGUAAUUGAAGAGAAUGUUACUCCAACAUCUGUUCCAUUACUGCAGACUGCAACAAUGUCAACUGUCAAGAAACCCAAUUUGGAACAAACGCCAACUAAGAAUACAAAUUCAGAAAAAGAAAGUCUGGAAAAAUUGGAGAAUGCGACUAAUAAUGUUGUGACUAGUACUCCUAAAUCGAGUAUAAAAAUACCAACAACGACAGCAACAAAAAUGCCAACGAAAAUAGUGGCGACGACAAUGAAAUCGAAUGUAGAAAGUAUUGUUACUACUUCUAAGCCUCCUGUUGUUGAACCAUUGAAAGUGGCCACGCAGACUGGGAAUAAAACUAGAAAACCAGAAGUGCCUGUAGUUCGAAUUGAUCUAAGUCCAGAAACAAAUCAAUUGCCAUCGAAGUUUUCAGAUCCAAUUAUUGUAAAUCAACACGAGAAACUACCAAAACCAAUCACUAAUUUACAUCACCAAGACUCUGAGACUGACAAAAAAGCGACUACCCUCAGCAAUAAUCAUCAAAUCGUCAAUGAUGAAAAAUUAAAAAGAGUCGAUACCACAACACCCGUCAGUGUUGAUCAAACAAAGAAACCACCUCCCGAAAGUCAGGAAUUACGAAUUCAAGUAAAUGACACAGCAGUAAAAGUAUCAAAAAUACCAUCAACAAUGAUCAUGUUAAAUGAGACGAAAGUCAGUGACAACAAACAGACAAUUAAAAUUGACUCCUCAUCGAAAAUUGUCGAAACAUCAAAAAACACCACACUCACUCAAACAUCAUCAGACGAUAAGAAAAUGGUUAUUGUCAACACCACGCAAACGGAUAAAGUACUUGAGGACAUGAUUCCAAUCGGAUUCACCGCAAAACCAAUCGAUCAGACCAUGGAAAAUGCCUACAAUAAACUUGGCGAAUUUAUCAACACAAAACCGUUGACAUCAUCGAAAAAGAAUGUCACUAAUUUUGCUGCCAGACCGUCGAAUAAUGGUAAUAAGGUUACAAAACCUGGAAGACCUUCGGAAGGGUCAUUCAAACCGGUUGGUGAAUUAAAACCUGGUUUUGAGUCUAAUUCUAGACCGUCGAAUCAAGCAGGAGGGGGAUUAAGACCUUCGUCAGGGUUUGGUUCUUCAAGACCAGGGGAAACUGAUGCAUUACCAGGUCAAGUAGGUUUUGGUGGAUUACGACCACCGUCGGGUUCUUUUGCUGCGAGACCAGGGGAAACUGAUGCAUUACCAGGUCAAGUAGGAUUUGGUGGAUUAAGACCAUCGUCGGGUUCUUUUGCUGCGAGACCAGGACAAACGGGAGCGGUACAAUCGGGACCAGGACAAACAGGAGCAGUGCAAUCGGGGCCAGGACAAACAAGACCAGGGCAAAUGGGACCAGCACAAUCGGGACUUUCGCAGUCAGGACCUAAUGGACUAAGACCAUCUUCGGGAUCUUCUUCAAGACCAGCACAAUCAGGACCAAUUCAGUCAAGACCAGCACAAUCGGCACCUAGUGGAAAGCCUCAAUCCGGUUCUUCUUCAAGACCAUCUGGAGCUUCUCCUUCAAGACCGGUAGAUGCACCCGGAUCGUCACAAUUUGCGCCUAAUGGAUUAAGACCCUCCUCUUCUUCUAGACCAUCAGAUACAUUAGCAUCACAUCCAUUAGCAUCGCAAACAUUAGCUUCGCAUCCAUUAGAUACACCACAUCUAGUAGAUCAGUACUCAGGACCCAGUACUUUCAGACCACAAUCAGGCUCAGUCCACUCAAGACCAUCCGCAACCACAACAGCACCACAAUUCUCAGCGUCAAGUGCCUUCAGACCAUCGACAAAUGGCAAUUUAAACAACAAACCAGGCUUAGUUCCAACAAAACCAAGUUUCCCAUCAAAAGGUCGGCCCACCUCUCAUGAGCCAUUAACCCACAAGCCAACUGAACCAACUAGAGUCAAAAAACCCGACGAGAAUCUAACAGACGAAAAGUGGGCUCUCAUCCCUCAGCCAAAUACAUCAGGAACAAAACUUCCAAAACCGGUACCAACGAAACAAUCGGCAACAACAACCAACACCAAAAAUCAGCAUACGCAUGUAUCGCUGGACAGUUCCCAAAGUGCGCUUGGCCUCGAUGCGAGUAUCAGAAACCUGGAACCGGACGUCAUUUACUUCUCGAAUUUAUGCAAUGAAUUGGCAUUCAGUUUUUGGAGUGCUGCCAACAAGGGUCUUAGUACAACCCGAUCUUUGGUGCUGUCACCAUUCGGCAUGACAAGUCUGUUAGCUAUGGUCUUUCUGGGAGCACGGGGACCAACGUCGAAUGAAAUGAACGAUGUUCUAAAACUUGACGACGUAGCAACAUUCAAUCCUCAUUUGGUAUUCCAAAACGUCACCGACACUGUCAGUCUAUCAAGAAAACAGGGAAUCGCAAACGCCGCCUUUGUUCGCGAACUAUUCGCCGAUAAAUCCAAAGUCGGUAAAUUGAUGCCUUUCUACAAGAAGCAGGCACAACAGUUCUAUGAGGGUUUCGUUGAGGAGGUGAAUUUCCAUGCCAUCAAUGACAUCGUCAAACGGCGAACAAAUCUUCUAAUCAGAAAACAAACGGACAGUAGAAUCAAGGACUUUGUCAGGACAAAUACAGUAGGUUUACGACCACCAUUAGCGGCACUGUCGGCGAAUGUUUUCCAAACCGAGUGCGGUGGUGCUAGUUCCGAAGGACGAGAUGGCGAAUUGUAUUUCUCAGUGUCGCCUGCUAUUAGACAGCGACAAUUGGUGCGCGUUCCGGCGACACUUUGGAAAUCGGGUGUCCUUGCUGGUUAUGAGCCAAGUUUAGACGCGACUGCAAUUGCUUUGGGUGGAAUUGAAAAAUUGGUGUCGACAAUAUUUGUCAUUCCUGGUCAACAAGGCCACAUGGCACAGGGCGACAAUUUGGAUAAUCUCGAGCAAAGACUGAUGCGAGGCGCUCAAAAUGAUGGAGCCUGGGAGAAAUUACUGAAAGUUUUGAUACCGCGAGCAUCAUUGGAACUGCAGGUACCGAAAUUCAGUCAUCGUUCAAUUGUCAAUGCAACUGCCGCACUGAAACGAAUGGGACUCGGUGAACUCUUCUCCAAGCAUGCCGAUCUCAAGGGAAUCAAUGGAAUUGGCCACGAUUUGCAUUUAGCUGAUGUUCUCCAGAUGAACCUAUUCAGCACAUGUGGCGAUGAGAAUAUAUCAAUUGGCCGACAUCACAUGGAAACAUAUCCGGAACCACCGAUGAGGAAUUAUCGGAAAAUCACCGAAUCUGAAGAUAACAAUUCCGAUGAGUUGAGAGAAGAUAAUAUUCUCUUCGAGGAAUCGCUUCUAAAACCAUUGGACGACGAUGAAUGGAGGACAGGACGAAAAAAUGAAAUCUCAGAAAAACCGAAACUCAAAUUAGACAGGCCUUUCCUCUAUUUUGUACGACACAAUCCAACAGGUUUAAUUUUACACAUGGGAAGAUUUAAUCCUAGAAUUACGGAAAAAACGUAAUUUAAAAAAUUCAUUUCUUUAAUUUAAUCAAAAAGAGUUCAAAAAUUAUUUUGAACUUUUAGUUGAAAGGAACAAUUUCUAUAUGUCGAUAUUUAAAUAAUCGUCUUUUUAUAUAUUCUUAAAAUCGAUUUUAUUCUUAUUUAAUUUCUUGAUUUUGAGGAAAGAAUUUAAAAAAUAGGAAAAUCGUUCCUUUUUAUUGCAAUACACAAAUGUAUAAAAUAUAAAUUCUAAACAAUUAAUUUUUGAAAAUCGAUUCAAUUAUUUUUUUCUUAAAUCUUCGAGUCGAUUUUUAUUUUAGGAAUUUUUAUUUAUUCUCUCGACACGUGAUCGGAACGUACAUUGCACUUUUUUUUCUUCGUGCAAUCUUUCUAAUUACGUGACGAUCUUGAUUCAAAAAAAAAAAAAAAAAAUGAGAUUGAAGGAAUGUCCAAACAAAAUAUUUUGAAGUCUUGUUUUUGUGUUUAUAUCUUCAUAGUGGGAAAAGUAACAUAGUACUCUAUUAAUUUUUGAAGCAAUAAUUUACCAAAAUCUCGAAUUUAAUUAUUAAAAAUAAAAUUAGACCCUCUUAAUUAUUUUUCUUAAUUCAUUAAAUUUGAAUUUCGCGCCAUUAUAAUUCUGUAAAAUUCCGUCCAGAUGGCAUGAAAGUUCUCUCAUAAACGGUGUAUAAAUACCACUGACUAUUAGGUAUAAAUUUUAUUGUUGAUUGAAAAUUAUUUUUUCUUAACAUUUUUCCAUAAUUUUUUUUAUAUUUAAUUUAAAUUUACUUUUUCAUAAUAUUUUUCCAUAAU